AUGGCUGCCCACGUGUUGACCACGCCUGUGACAGAGCACACCAUGUCGGCGGGAGAUCCGACAGUGACUCAUCCUUCGUCCGGAGGUACCGAAGAUUCGAUGCUGUCACCCUCAGAGCUUUCUACCCGCAGAUGUCAGAAAAGAGCUUCCACUUUUGCUUUAAAGCGAAUAUUCUUAGCUUGUGUCUUCAGUAUCCAACUACAUAAGUAUUCAAAUAAGGAGAUCAAAGCCCCCAACAAUCAAUCCCAGGGAGCUGCUUCACCUUCUAUCCUCCCCCACCUUUCUCCAGUAUCUCACUGCCUGAGACCCGAAGUAAGUAGCCACAAGGGAAUCGCGAAGGAUUCAAUCCAGUCAAGGGUUUCCUCCGCCCCUUGA